GUACAUCAUGUCAAUCCACAUUAGUACAGUGACUGGCACCUAUGGGUUGGACCGCUGAAACUCGACACAAAAUCGACUGCUGAGAGCUGAGGUACAAUCUGCAAGCUUCAGGGUUCGAGUUGACUAUCACCCAUACGGGUCUGGCUGCUAGUACCUGUGUCGGCUGACUUUGCCGACUGCGGCCGCAGGAUCUCGUAACUGCCAGUGAAUGACAGGGGCCGCGUCAUUGUGAACAAAUCCCUGGCAGUCAAACUUGAUGCUUCUUGCAUCGCUGUACAACAGCAAUAUAAAGCAGAUAAGUCAGUAUCCCAACUUACAAGUCUGAACUUCGCUUCUAAAUAGAUCAUGUCUACUGAACCCGAGUCGCGUCCCCAUGUCGUACUCUGGGGUGUUGCCAAGCCGCCCGACGCACCUAGCUCGUCUGGCUUCUGCCAAAAGCUGGAAGUAUUCCUCCGAUUUAGUGGCAUAUCAUACGAAGUGGGUGAGACAGUCCCAAUGAAAGCUCCCAAGGGAAAAGUUCCCUUUGCCGACAUCAAACAUGACGGGAAAACUGUCACCAUCGCGGAUUCUCAUUUUAUCAUCCGCUACCUCAUCGAGAAUGGACUUACGAAAGAUCCGGACGCCGUCGCCAGCUUGACUCCAGUUCAGAAGGGCGAGUCGAGAGCAUGGCAGGCGUAUAUUGAAGAACUGCUAUAUUCUGCGAUCGUUCGAGAUCGAUGGUACAUAGACGAAAAUUAUGCAGUGACUGCCGAGGAGAUAUUUGGGAGCAUGGCUUGGCCCAUGCGGCCGAUGAUAUCUUGGUUUUUUAGGAGGAGGGUGAUGAAUUCAAUUUGGAACGCUGGGAUGGGGCGUCACUCCCAGGAAGAAGUUCAGUCCUUGCAAAAAGAGGCUUUUGAGGCUCUCGAAGCAAGGAUGUCGGAUCACUUGUAUUUCCACGACGGCGAGCAACCAACAUGCGUUGAUCUUAUCAUCUAUGCUUUCCUCGCCAAUACCCUCGCAACGAGUGGGAACCCGUACUGGGCGGAUAUGGUGCUAAGGAGUCCCAUCCUACUGGGAUUUACGAAGAGGAUGACAACCCUGCUCUUCCCCGAAUACAAGCUCCUUUUGCAUCGCAUUGAAGAAGCCAACGUCUUGUGAUUGGGUUAAUAAAAGGAAUAAUUUCCCUUCUGCAGCGGUGUUUCGUCACUAUAGUUGGUCGCCAUGCUGGAGUAGACGAUCCUGUCUCCCGUUUGUAUGUACCUGGUUAUUGCCAUGACAUUAAUGUAAUGCACACUUCACCUGUUACUACAGUAUAAUUUAAAGCAGCCGACUGCCACGGCAGGCAAAUAUUGUUACGUAGUUUUCGUAACUAAACAAACUUAUCA